AUGAUCUGCGACCCGGGCAUGAACAUCGCGAUGUCGCAUUGGUGCGGUGCCUCGCUACCUGAAGAGGCUCCCACUUGGUAUGAGUGUACUCUUGGAGAAGUAUACGAGCACAAAUCAACCAUCAGUUACGGUGCUGACGUAACACAUCCGAACUAUCGGGACACGGUUGCGAAUAUAGAGAAGCUAGUGGCAGAAGAAAGGAGUACGUCUCGGCUACUGGCUUGCAAGGACCUAUGCGCCAUUUAUGGACGAGUUACUCCCACAGUAAAAGAGUACCUAGGUGCACUGUUUCAUCGUCUGUGUGAGGAUGAAGAUAUGCUAGUGCGAAGAAUGGCACUGUCCAUGUUGCCUGCUAUAGCUGAAGACGCUGAUGUCCAGUUUUUUGCUUCUCAUGUAGUGCCCAUUUUCGAGAAGGCCCUGGAAGAUAAGAUUGGUCUUCACUUGGAGGCGACACAGGCUUUAAUCGCUUUGCUUAAAGCUAAGAAACUAUCUGAUGAUGUAUACAGACAUCUUCUGCCAGUUCUGUAUAAAUACGCAGAGGAUUCAUAUUGGCAAGUUCGGUUCUUAAUUGCCAACAGCAUUAAUGAUAUUCACAACUCUGUGAGUUCAUUUAUCCUGCAAUCAAGCUGCUUCUCACUGAUGCUGAAGUUCUCAACGGACGCAGAAUCAAGAGUGCGCUCUGCAGCAGAUCGCUGGUUUCAAGGAUGUUUCAAUUUUUUGGCUACAUCAAGUGAAGUGUUAACUGUACAGCUUUAUUUUCGUACUGAAGCAUUGGUGAUCAGUAUGCUCAUCCUAGCACCAGUUAUAUCAACAGAUAACAGAUGGCAUGCAUAUGAAGCUCCCACUUGGUAUGAGUGUACUCUUGGAGAAGUAUACGAGCACAAAUCAACCAUCUGUUACGGUGCUGACGUAACACAUCCGAACUAUCGGGACACAGUUGCGAAUAUAGAGAAGCUAGUGGCAGCAGAAAGGAAGUACCUAGGUGAACUGUUUCAUCGUCUGUGUGAGGAUGAAGAUAUGCUAGUGCGAAGGAUGGCACUGUCCAUGUUGCCUGCUAUAGCUGAAGACGCUGAUGUCCGGUUUUUUGCUUCUCAUGUAGUGCCCAUUUUCGAGAAGGCCCUGGAAGAUAAGAUUGGUCUUCACUUGGAGGCGACACAGGCUUUAAUCGCUUUGCUUAAAGCUAAGAAACUAUCUGAUGAUGUACACAGAUAUCUUCUGCCAGUUCUGUAUAAAUACGCAGAGGAUUCAUAUUGGCAAGUUCGGUUCUUAAUUGCCAACAGCAUUAAUGAUAUUCACAACUCUGUGAGUUCAUUUAUCCUGCAAUCAAGCUGCUUCUCACUGAUGCUGAAGUUCUCAAGCGACGCAGAAACAAGAGUGCGCUCUGCGGCAGAUCGCUGGUUUCAAGGAUGUUUCAACUUUUUGGCGACAUCAAGUGAGGUGUAG